GAACGUACCUUCCGACAUUUUCUUUAUUCUUUAAGCAAAAGCUUGAACCACCUCCAUCUUCACCUUCUUCUUCUUCUACUGGUUCUGGAUCUUCCUCUGUCUUCAUUCUCCUGCUAGGAUUUCAUUUUCUCUCUGGUAUUUAUGCUCAAUGUUCUAUUGAUUCGACCUGUACUAAUCCUUCUCAAGCUUUGAAUUAGUUUUGGAAGGAUCUACAAUGGUGGAUUCUGGACCAGUAACGCCUGGGCAGUGAGGAAUAACGUCUAUAUGGAUCCUGCUCAGAAGUUCUCCUUGCUGCUGUUAUUUCUUGGAUUGGUCUGUGUAUUAGUGAGCGCCUCUUCUCUUAAGUAUGAUUUUGGGCAUUGCGAAAGAGUUGUCCAGGAAUGGGCUUUUUCUCCUCUUGAAGAAGAAAUCAAAGCAGACAAACACACAUUAAGGGAUUUGCUGUUCUUCCUGCACGUCCCUAGAACAGGAGGACGGACAUAUUUUCAUUGUUUUUUGAGAAAGUUGUAUCCUAACUCUUUGGAGUGCCCCCGAUCUUAUGAUAAACUGCGAUUUGAUCCAAGAAAGCGCAAAUGCAGGUUUCUGGUUACUCAUGAUGACUACAGCAUGGUAUCCAAACUUCCAAAGCAGAGCACGUCAGUAGUGACAAUACUCAGGGAUCCAGUUGACCGUGUCUUUAGUACUUAUGAAUUUUCAAUAGAAGUAGCAGCUAGGUUUUUGGUGCAUCCUAAUUUAACUUCUGCAACACAAAUGGCUAAACGAUUGCGUGCUAAAACAACUGGUGUAAGCACACUGGAUAUAUGGCCCUGGAAAUAUUUGGUUCCAUGGAUGAGGGAAGACCUUUUUGCUUGUAGAGAUACUAGAAAGCAUAGGGGCUUAAAUGACAUCAUGAGCAGUGACCCAUAUGACACGCCGGAGAUUGCUAUGCCAUUGCAUGAGUACAUUCAUGAUCCUAUUGCUCAUGACAUAGUUCACAAUGGAGCAACAUUUCAGGUUGCAGGUUUGACAAACAACUCCUAUACUCCAGAAUCACAUUUUGUGCGCCAUUGUGUGCAAAAGUACAAGGUUCUUGGUCAUCAUGUGCUUCAAGUAGAAAAGAAAAGAUUAGAUGAUAUGUUAUAUGUUGGUCUUACUGAAGAACACAAAGAAUCUGCAACCAUGUUUGCAAAUGUAGUUGGUUCGCAAGUGAUUUCCCAGCUCAGAGUAUCAAGUUCAAAAACAAAGGGAAGUGCUGGCAAGAAAUCAGGCUGCUUUUAGAAUCUCAAUCAUGCAGUUUACUACACAAAAAAUCCCUUCUUGCAACACAUAAGGAGCGCCUAGCAACCUUGAAGAAAACGGGAGUUUCAAGCUGUGUGAAAGAAGCAGGCAUUGGAUUUAUGAUGGCUCCAACAUAUCAUCCAGCAAU